GAGGCGAGCCCGCCCGCCCGGGAUGCCAUGGCUCCGCCGGGCUCCGCGCUGCCCGCCUGCCUGCUGGGGCUGCUGCUGCUCGUGUGCCGCGGAGAUUUUGGCCGUUCCUCCGAGCUGGCAUUCGUUGUGGAGCCCAGCGAUGACAUAGCCGUGCAGGAGCAACCCUUGAUCCUCUACUGCCAGGUAGAGGGCAUCCAGCCCAUCACCAUCACAUGGAGGAAGAACGGCGUGAUGAUCGUGGACAGUGAGAAUGCCUUCAUGUUGGCCAACGGGUCGCUCUACGUCUCCCGCUUCCAGAGGGUCCGGGGAGACGGCUCUUCGGACGAGGGCGAGUACGAUUGCAUGGCACAGAACCACUACGGGCUGGUCGUGAGCCGGAAGGCCAAGAUCCAGGCAGCGACGAUGUCCGACUUCCACAUCCACCCUCAGAACGCAGUGGUGGAGGAAGGUGGUGUAGCAAGAUUCCAGUGCCAGAUCCAUGGCUUGCCUGAGCCGGUCAUCCUAUGGCAUAAAAACAGCAUGCCGGUCAACACAGACAACGAAAGGUACACACUGCUUCCCAAGGGGGUUCUCCAGAUAACGGGACUGAGAGCAGAAGACAGUGGGAUAUUUCACUGCGUUGCCACCAAUAUCGCUAAUGUGAAGUUCAGCCGGGAGGCCCGACUCACCGUGUCAGGCUCCCACUCCACCGUUUACAAGGACCCCAUGAUUCUCGUGGGGCCGGAGAACCUCACGCUGACAGUGCACCAGACGGCGGUGCUGGAGUGCAUCGCCACGGGCAACCCCCGGCCCAUCGUCUCCUGGAGCCGCCUCGAUGGUCGCCCAAUUGGUGUGGAGGGGAUCCAGGUGCUGGGGACAGGAAACCUCAUGAUCUCAGACCUCACCGUGCAGCACUCUGGAAUCUACGUGUGCGCCGCCAACAAACCCGGCACCCGCGUGCGCAGGACGGCCCAGGGCAGCCUCGUGGUACAAGCCCCUGCAGAGUUUGUGCAGCAUCCCCAGUCCAUUUCCAGGCCAGUGGGGACCACUGCCAUCUUCACAUGUGUGGCCCAAGGGGAACCCCCUCCCCAGAUCACUUGGCUGAGGAAUGGGCAGAUCCUGGAGACCAGCGACCACAUCAAGCUGAAGAAUAACAACAGCACUCUGUCCAUCUACGGGAUCAACCAGACGGACGAGGCCAUCUACCAGUGCCUGGCGGAGAACAGCGCGGGCUCCACGCAGGCCAGCGCCCGCCUCACCGUGCUCUGGGCCGACGGGCUGCCCAGCCCCCCACAGGCCGUCAGGGCCGAGACCGUCUCUGCCACCACCAUCCAGGUGUCCUGGGAGAAGCCCCUGCAGAACACCAAGGAGAUCAUCGGCUACGUGCUGCACAUUCGGAAAGCUGCAGAUCCCGUCGAGAUGGAGUACCAGGAGGCUGUUAGCAAGAGCACCUUCCAGCAGCUGGUGACUGAUUUGGAGCCCUCGACCAGCUACAGCUUUUAUAUAAAGGCUUACACCUCCCGGGGUGCCAGCAAAGCCUCAGAAGUCACGGUGGUGAGCACGCUGGGGGAAGUCCCAGCCAUGCCAUCCCUCUUUAUUAAAGUCAUUAACAGCACAGCCGUGCAGGCAACGUGGGAGCCCUCCAUCAAACUGGGCCAGCACGAAGGCUUCAAGCUGUACUACCGCAAGGUCCACCUGGCCCAGUACACAGGCCCAGUGCUACUGGCCAGCAACGUCACAGCCUACAACAUUACCCACCUGGACGCGUCGGUGGUGUACGAGGUCAAGCUCCUCGCCUACAACCAGCACGGGGAUGGAGACUCCACUGUCCGCUUCGUGUCCCUGAGGGAAACUGUGGAGAGGACAGUAUUGAAUCCCCCCUGUGACUGCAUGAAGGACGAGCAGAACAAUAAAACCUCCACGACCGGCAUCAUCAUUGGGAUCCACAUCGGUGUCACCUGCAUCAUAUUCUGCAUCCUCUUCCUCAUGUUUGGGUACCGAGGAAGGCUGCUGAUGUGCAAAAACGUGCAGGAACAGCUCUCCACCCCACAGAUCCCCAGGAGCCAGCGGAGCGCCGCAAGCCUUGUCCUGAACGGGGCCGCUCGCAGGGACAGGGAUGACAGGGACUUGAAUGGAAAGCAGCUGGAUAUGAACGAGCUGGAGAGGUUAUUCCCAGCAUCCCCAUCCCAGGAGCAGCAGGAUAAGGGGAUGACGUUGGCUCACAGCCCGCCGGCUCCCCUCGACGACACCCAGAUGUCCACACUCCCUCUGGACGAGUUCAGCAUCAUUGAGGAGCAGCCAGACCCCCUCCCAAAACCCUCCCGUGGCAGCAGCCCCCCGGCUCCAGCUCCCGACCACGGUCCUGCCAAUGAAGGAUAAAACUGCCAAGACUCGAAGCCUCUUGUGGGAGUUACCAGAAACCAAACCCGCGGCUGGUGAUGUCUUUACGAGUUGUCAAUCUCAGGUCAAUUGAAGAUUUCUACAGUCUGAUUGUUAUUUUUUUGUUUUGCUUUAUUUUUAUAUAUAUAUAUAAAUAUAUAUAUAUGUAUACAGCCUUUUGGAAACUCUGUGAAGUUUUAUCUUUCUGACCUCUCCUUUGAGCCUCUCGGUGUGUUUCUUCCGAUGGCGGCUUCGCGGAGACUGGUCAUGAUGAAUUUUCCCCUCAGCUGCUAAGUAACAGACUCCUUGGC